AGCGCUGGGCAGAGCAGCAGCAGGGUCUGUCACUGUCAGACAGACACAGCCAUGGGCCUGCACUUGUCUGCAUUUGCCCAUGACAGGAUCUGGGCACUUCUUGAAAAUCUCCAGACCAUGACCUCCCUGACCACUAGUAUUCACCUCCAGAUAAUUGGCCUUGCUUUAGGUACGUUAGGCUGGAUCCUGUGCAUCAUCUCAAUGGGACAAAUGCAUUGGAGAGUGUGGCAUACAAGUGAUGCCACCAUCAUCUCCUCUGGCAUCGCUUGGGUAGGAAUCUGGAAAGUUUGUUUUAACAGUCACAGAAAAGUUUCCAGAGAACUUUGGAUAAUGUUCUGUCACAGAUUCUGUUUCAAUGAUGCCUUCAUUCCCCAGGAAAUUUCUGUUGCCCGGGUGCUUGUGUUGGCUGGUAUAGUCCUGGGGGCACUAGGAAAAGCUUUCACUGUCUUUGCUCUGAGGAAUAUUUAUACUGGAAUUCUUCUCAAAAUCCAGACUAUCAGCUUUUUUUCUGUCUUGAAAAUAUUUGUGGGUGUCUGUGUCUUAAUUCCAGUGCCCUGGAAUUGCUAUUCUGUAGCAUACAAUUGCGCUGUCCCAUUUCCUCCUUCUUUCUACAUGCCCUCCAGCUUAGAAGCACAGGAAGCUGGUGCUGCUAUUCCUGUUGGGAUCACGUCUGUCAUCUUGCUGCUGAUGAGUGGGACCUUUUUCCUUUCUUACAAACAUCCUGUGAUGCCGGAUGUUACGGUGCUUUCUGAUAACAGACUUGAGCUGCAUGAGAGAAAGCUGGAGCAUAGCUACAAGAUAAACAUAGUAGCCCAGUGCCUUUGUGUGUUCAAGGAGCACUCUGGAUUUGCAGUGACAUUAAUAUGUUGGUAUUGGAACAUAGGGGCACACCAACAAAGUAUGUGA